AUGGUUGAAAAGAGGAAGCUAAAUGGUAGUGGCUCUAAUGAUAAGAAGAAAGCCAAGAAGGCAGUUGUCGUAAAGCCCAAGCCAGCUAAGAAAGUUUUGAAAGUUAGUGAGAAGACGUUGAACUAUGCUGUUUGUAUACCGACCAGUGUUCUAGACAACUGUCAAAAUUUGAGUCAGAAGACCUACGUGGUGUACCAAUUGGCGCGUACACUUACGUUGUUUAACGUAGCUGAAGUAGUUGUUUUAGAUCUGAAACAAGAGAAACAGAAUUCAAUCAUUGAAAAGGAUGAUACAAAGAAAGAAAAGAAGAGGAUGUCAGAUGCGAUGCUACUUGCCUCCCUUCUACAAUAUUUUGUCACACCUCCAUAUUUGAUCAAAUCAGUAUUCAAGAAGGAAUAUCUUCCAUACUUCAAAGAAGCUUCAAAACUACCUAGACUAAGUGCGUUACCUUUCAUGAGAUACAUGGAGGAGAACCGAUACCGUGAAGGAUUAGCAAUUAGAAUGUCAAAGCCUGAUCCCAAGAGCAAGAAAGAAUUCAAGCAGACGAAGUACAUCAACAUAGGUGAAUCUGAUGCUCUAGAACUUAAAUCACAGCUGGUCCCUAUCAAUGUACGAGUAACCGUUGAUAUCAUAGACAAAAAAGUGGUAGCACCUGAGGAGGCGUAUGGUGAUUAUGUGGGACCAAAAGCUUCAUACGGGUACCAUGUUCGCAUAGCGAAGAGUUUUGCCGACUUAUUUAUGGGCUCAUCGUUUCCAAGUGGCUAUACCCAGACUGUGUGGUGUAAUAGUGGAGACUAUUACUACGAUGAGAGUACCAAGAAACACAAUAAGGUGGAAGUACACAUCCCAAGGCUGUCUAAGAUUAUACGGUCGGGGCCCCAGAAUCCAGAAAAGCCAGAGGAUGUACCUGCACUACUGCUUGUGCUGGGCAAAUGGGAUCACAUUAAUAAGAGCUUCCAGAACUCUAAGGAUCAAUUUGAAGGCAGUGAGCAUGCGUACCAGUUCUUCGACGGGCAGAUCGAAUUACCAGGCUCGGUGCCGCAAGGUAACAUCACCAUUCCAGACAGUUGCACCAUAGCAAUGACCCUUCUAUCUAGCAUCUAA